AUGUCACAAUAUACGGAUUACUACCAGUACGAAGGCAACCUUGCGGAGGCAACUUUACAACAACAACCGACAGUUCAAGAUGAUGGCCGGCUUGGGCUACAGCUCGACUCCCGAACGAUCAAUGCCCUCACCCGCACUUCGAGACCAAAACUCGGUCGGGUUCCACAGCUCAGUCACAGAUGGUCCAAGGCUCUGGCUCCGCAGCCCCGACCUGCUGAUUCCGAACCGUUCACAACCAAACUCAAUAUUGUCAUCCAAGUCGUUGGCAGCCGCGGCGACGUCCAACCUUUCGUCGCAUUGGGCACUGAGUUAAAACGACACGGCCACAGGGUGAGACUCGCCACUCACAAUACAUUUGAGUCUUUUGUGCAUGACUCUGGGUUAGAGUUCUAUCCUAUUGGUGGCGAUCCUACAGAGUUGAUGGCGUACAUGGUUCGCAACCCUGGCCUUAUCCCUAGCGUACAAAGUCUCAAAGCCGGUGAUAUAGGGAAGAAGAGGAUAAUGGUUGAAGAGAUGCUGCGGGGCUGUUGGCUUUCUUGUGUCAAUCCGGAUCCCAUCACUUUUGCCCCUUUUGUGGCAGAUGCCAUUAUUGCAAACCCCCCCAGUUUCGCCCAUAUUCACUGUGCCCAGGCUCUAGGAAUUCCCUUGCAUAUGAUGUUUACCAUGCCUUGGACAAGCACAGCUGCUUUUCCGCAUCCGUUGGUCAAUGUCAAGUUUGGACGAGUAGAUGCUGCGGAACAGAUGAAGGUUAACUACCUGUCCUAUGGAGUAGUUGAAGUAUUAACCUGGCAAGGGCUCGGAGAUAUUAUCAACAAAUGGCGAGCGACGUUGGAUCUGGAGGAUAUAGCUUUCUCUCAGGGGCCAAGGCUAACAGAGAAGCUUGGUAUUCCAUUCACAUACUGCUGGUCGCCAGCUCUGGUGCCUAAACCUCGAGACUGGAGCGAGAAUGUAGAUGUGUGCGGUUUCUUCUUCCGCGACCCUCCCGAUUAUACACCGCCUCCAGCUCUCGCCGAGUUUCUGCGCGACGGCCCUACACCUAUAUACAUCGGGUUUGGUAGCAUCGUGAUCGAUGACCCGAAUGCGUUAUCUCAUAUGCUAUUGGAGGCGAUCCGCAUUACCGGAACGAGAGCAUUGAUCUCUCGGGGCUGGAGUAAGCUGGACGGACCCCAGAGCGACAAUGUGAUGUUCCUUGGAGAUUGCCCGCAUGAAUGGCUGUUUCAACGAGUGAGUGCUGUGAUGCACCAUGGUGGUGCUGGUACUACUGCAUGUGGUCUGCUCUACGGGAAACCAACCACGAUUGUCCCCUUUUUUGGAGAUCAACCUUUCUGGGGCAAUAUGGUAGCAAGCUCUGGGGCUGGGCCAGAACCUAUCCCGCAAAAGGCUAUAACUGUUGGGAGACUCGUCGAAGCGAUAGAAUUUUGCUCGACACCCCAAGCUGCGGAAGCCGCUGCGUCCAUCGCGAGCAAAAUGCAGUCUGAAAAUGGCGUCAAACAGGCCGUCGCAUCCUUUCACAAACACCUCCGUCCCUACGUUGUCGAAUGUGAUAUCAUCAAAGGACUCCCGGCCGUUUGGGAGUAUUCGAGGAGACGGAACACCAUAAAACUGUCGAAGCUCGCUGCGGACAUUCUCAUGACUCAUCUCAAAAUCGAUGGCAAUAAGCUACAACAGAUUGAAACACGUAAGAUCAUCAUCGAGACCCGUCGCUGGGACCCUCUGACUGGCGUGCUCGCCGCCGUGCUGGGCGCCACCACAGACGUCGCCAGGGCAGCAGUACGCGCCGUCAAGCAGCCAGUCAGAACACUGUCUCGUCGAGAUCAGCACGACCAAAGAGAUGAGUUGAACUCUAUAGAGCUUAGACCAACCAAUUUCUACAUCAGACCGAAGGAAAGUCGGAGUUGUGUGGCUGUGACCAAAUCAGCGGCAUUAGCAUUUGUGUUGGGGCUAGGAGCACUGGUCAAAGCUGUCGCAACUGCCAUCGUUGAGAUCCCAUUUACCUUCACCGAGGGUUUGUGGCAAUUUCCCCGGCUGUGGGGUCACCAAGUUAGGGAUUUCGGAGUAAUUCGAGAUUGGAAGGCUGGCCUCGCAACCUGGCUUCAGGUGCUUGUGUUUGCUUUUUAUGACGGGCUCACAGGCCUGUUCGUUCAGCCGUAUCUAGGCGCGAAAGAAGACGGUCCCCUUGGUGUGUUCAAAGGCAUUGCUAAAGCGAUCGCAAACUUGCACUUGAUGCUGCUCGCAGGUACGUUUGUCACUUCUUUUCAGCCUGUUUGA